AUGCCCAUCUCAAGAAAAGCCACCGAUCUUGAGGCCAGGGACAGGUUUAGAAUUUCUGUGGAUGAUCUGGGGGCGCUUCAUGACCCCAAAUCCCUGAUAAAGCUCCAGGAGCUUGGAGGCAUAGACGCCCUCGUGUCAGGGCUGGCCACCGACGAGGCUAGAGGUUUGUCCAAGGAUAUUCCUGAGCUAGAGCUUAAGCAACGACAGCAUGUUUAUGGGGUCAACGUGCUUCCCAAGAAAGCUAGCAAAUCGUUUUUGCGGUUGUGUUGGGAGGCGUUAAAGGACAAGAUUUUGAUCAUGCUUUCCAUCGCAGCCAUUGUGUCGUUGGCAUUGGGUCUCUAUGAAACCUUCGGUCAACCUACUGAAUACGAUGACGAGGGCAAACCCCUGCCCAAAGUUGAGUGGGUCGAAGGUGUGGCCAUCAUUGUGGCCAUCGCUAUCGUUGUGAUCGUGGGAUCUGUCAACGACUACAAUAAAGAGAGGCAAUUCUCAAAGCUGAAUGCUAAAAAGGACGACCGUAACGUGAUUGUUUACAGGUCGGGAGAGAAGCAAUUUAUACCCAUCGGACAGCUUCUGGUGGGAGACCUGAUAUAUGUGGAAACGGGUGAGGUUGUUCCAGCAGACUCGGUCUUGGUUUCUGGAGAAUGCGAGUGCGAUGAAAGUUCUCUUACCGGUGAAACACAUGCCAUCCGCAAAAUUCCUGCAGCUUAUGCAACAGAGCGUUACAAGGCUUUGGGUAACACAUCCAAGGAUAUAGGUGACAAAGGGGUUGAUGAUCCGAUGCUGAUAUCCGGCGCGAAGUUGAUUUCUGGUCAAGGAAAAGCUAUCGUGACUGCUGUUGGCACGAAUUCCAUGCACGGAAAGAUCAUGAUGUCCCUUCGUCACGAGUCUGAGGAAACUCCGCUGCAGGCAAGACUUUCGCACUUGGCAGACGGUAUUGCCAGAUUCGGAUUCUUGGCAGCCAUCAUACUGUUUUUUGUGCUCUUCAUCAAGUUCUGUGUGAAGUUGGGAACGGAUUACAAGAAUCUGACAGGUGCGCAGAAGGGUACAAAGUUCCUAAAUAUUCUUAUCACGGCCAUUACGAUCAUUGUUGUGGCUGUGCCGGAAGGCCUUCCUUUGGCUGUGACGUUGGCCCUUGCUUUUGCAACUACACGGAUGACAAAGGAUGGCAAUCUGGUGCGUGUUCUGAGAAGCUGUGAAACGAUGGGAGGCGCGACGGCGAUUUGCUCCGACAAGACAGGUACGCUCACAGAGAACAGAAUGCGCGUUGUCAAAGGUUUCGUAGGCGACAGUGAUUUUGAUUACACUCUUUCACGGGAAAACGGACAGGCUGACCUUGAGACUAUCAGCGAUAGUCUGAAAAAUAGCUUACUCGACAACAUUUUGCUAAACUCAACGGCCUUCGAGGCUAGCAAAGGAGAGCAAAUUUCUCAAGGGCAGAAAAAAGGGCUGUUCAAGAAAAGGGAGAAACCUGAGAAUCCAAAGGCCGAAGAGCCGUUUGUUGGGUCGAAAACAGAGUGUGCUUUACUUCUUUUUGCUCAAGAUCGGUUCCAUGUAAUCAACGAAAACACGUCGUUGGAACUCAUUAGAGAGCAAGCGCAACACCGCAUAGUCCAGGUUAUUCCGUUUGAGUCUUCUCGCAAAUGGGGUGGAAUUGUGGUCAAGACUAACUCAGGUUACAGAUUCUACAUCAAGGGAGCUUCAGAGCUGGUUUUUUCCAGAUGUACUCAUAGAACUACUCUGGAUGGUAAGAUAAUGCCAAUCACCAGCACCAUCAAGGAGGAAAUCACGUCCAAGAUCACCAAUCUUGCAGAACACGCUCUGCGGACGCUCUGUCUUGCUCACUGCGACUUUGAAGGAUUGGAAUCGUGGCCUCCUACCAGUAUGGCGAAAUCAGAUAACAGAAGAGAGGCUGAUCCGAAUUUGCUUUUCGGGGAGGCAGUGGAAGUUCAGGCUGACGAUGCCGAAUCAAUAGGAGCUAAAAACACCAACAUUCCAAAAAUUGUUGUUGGUGAGGAGAACACAGCAAAGCGUGAGGGAUUGGUUUUGGAUUCCUUGGUGGGUAUUCAGGAUCCUCUCAGAGAAUGUGUUGCGGAAGCUGUUGCCAAGUGUGGCACGGCGGGUGUCCGUGUGAGGAUGGUGACCGGUGACAAUAUCUUGACGGCUCGUGCCAUUGCCAAAAAUUGCGGAAUUCUCAACGAGGAAACAUUCAACGAUCCGACAGCAUGCAUGGAAGGUCCUGUUUUCAGAACCUUGAGUCCACAAGAGCGCAUCAAUCUUGUCCCCAAGCUCCGCGUGCUGGCUCGGUCCAGUCCUGAGGACAAGCGGAUUUUAGUCGACACUUUGAGAAAUCAGGGAGAGGUUGUGGCGGUGACUGGAGACGGAACCAACGAUGCGCCUGCAUUGAAGCUUGCCGACGUUGGUUUUUCCAUGGGCAUUGCGGGUACCGAAGUUGCGAGAGAAGCUUCUGAUAUCAUUUUGACAACGGACGAUUUUUCAUCAAUCGUCAAUGCCAUCAAAUGGGGAAGAACCGUUGCAACAUCUAUCCGCAAGUUCGUUCAAUUCCAGCUCACGGUGAACGUCACUGCUGUCGCACUGACGUUCAUUUCUGCCGUCGCCUCGUCGGACGACAGCUCCGUUUUGACUGCUGUUCAGUUGCUCUGGGUGAACCUGAUCAUGGAUACUCUGGCAGCAUUAGCUCUUGCUACAGAUAAGCCAGACGAAGACAUUUUGAAUAGAAAGCCAGCUGGUCGCCAUGCUCCUCUGAUUUCCACCUCCAUGUGGAAGAUGAUUCUCGGACAGUCUGUUGUUCAAUUGGUGAUCACUUUUGUGCUCCAUUUUGCAGGAGAUAAAAUAUUUUUCCCUGGUGGUCAUGUGGACGAUCACCAGUCGACUCAAAUCUCUGCUCUGACUUUCAAUACUUUUGUCUGGUUGCAGUUCUUCAAUCUCUUCUUGACACGGAAGCUGGAUGAGGGCGACGGAAUCACGAAAGUGAGAGACCGUAUCACUCGUUCGAAUCUCGACUUUACACAACAUUUCUUCAGCAAUUGGUAUUUCAUCACCAUUGCAGCAAUUAUCGGCGGGUUCCAGAUUCUCAUUAUGUAUGUGGGAGGCGCCGCUUUCAGUAUCGCAAGACAAACAGGUGCAAUGUGGGGGACUGCCAUUGUCUGUGGACUGCUCUCUAUCCCAGCAGGUAUCAUUAUCAGAAUAAUUCCAGACAUUUGGGUGGAAAGGGUCUUCCCUACAAGGGCCUUCAACAAAAUGAUUUUCCUGCUGAGUUUCAAGAGAAAGAAGAAGCUAGACCUGGACCCAGAAUCCGAAUCAUCAGAUUCUCAAGAUGAAAACGAUAAUAUACUAAGUGUGUCGCAUAUCAAACACAUCAGUGGUAGGUCGAGGUCCUCCACGUCCACGGAUACUUCUGUUGCUACGCAAACAACUGAUAACACCCUAUUCUCUCAAAAUGACAGCAGAUUCACGGCGCAUUCUCAGGAUUUAUAG